GGCACCCAAAGGGCUCCAACAGCCCAAUAAUAGCAAUGCUCCUCCAGUAGCUGCUGUCUCUGACACAAACGCUGUGGCUCUCAUCAUCUCCAACUCUCAUCUCCGUGGAUUCACACCUGUUCAGACCAUCAUUGUCUCUGUUGCCCUGGCAUCACAGGGACACUCCACGUCGCCAGCCCAUCACAUGCAUGUUUUCAGAGGGCUGGGAUGGACAGUUUGAUCCUGGAGGUUGGUGACACUGAACUCUUGGUGAAAUGUCCCUGAGUGGCAACGCAAGCCAGUCUUCUCCAUCGACGACAAGUCUAUCGCCACCACUGAACGGCUCCACCGCUCCACUUUCCCUAACGGCAGACGAGGGAAGGGGCAGUCAUGAGUCUGUGCAGUGGCCAGGGGAUGAGACCCAGUUCCUCUCAAACCUCUUUGUUCUCGGCCACGAUGAGCAGUGCCAUAUGUCUCCUGUACUCACAGGGGUUCUAGUGGUGUGGUACAGUGUUACAAUGGUGCUCGGGCUGGUGGGAAACAUCGGCCUCAUCUGCAUCAUCGCUCGUCGGAGGGAAAAAGUCAACGUCACCAGUAUUUUCAUCUGCAACCUUUCUUUCUCUGACAUUCUGGUGUGUGUGUUCUGCCUUCCUUUCACUGUCAUAUACACGCUAAUGGAUCAUUGGGUGUUUGGGUCACUAUUAUGUCGCCUGGUGCCUUUCAUCCAGUGUGUGUCUGUGACUGUUUCUGUGCUGUCUCUAGUGUUCAUUGCUCUGGAACGACAUCAGCUCAUCCUCAACCCCUCUGGGUGGAAACCGAGUGUUCCUCAGGCCUACAUGGCAGUUGUUAUCAUUUGGAUUUUAGCCUGCUUCACCUCCACGCCAUUCUUGGCCUUUCAGCUUCUCACAAAUGAGCCCUACGCUAACGUAAUCCUGCCCCAGUCUCCACUUCUUCACCAAGCCUCCUCUCAGGCUUAUUUCAACGUGUCUCUGCCUCAACCUGCCUCUUACACACACAAAAACUCAUCUGUGCCGACAAAUGCAUACCGCACCUUUUUGUCUUUUGUACCCACAAUUCCAAACAUGGAGGCCUGUCUGGAGCACUGGCCGUCCCAGCAACACAGGCUCGCUUACACCACGUGGCUCCUGCUGUUCCAGUACUGUGGUCCACUAUUGCUGGUCCUCCUCUGCUAUGUUAGAGUUUUUGUACGCCUGCGUCACCGCAAAGAGAUGCUUGACCGUGCCAGGACCCAAGAGAGUCAGCGCAUGGCCCAAAGCCGCCGAAUCAACAUCAUGCUUGUCACCCUUAUUACAGCGUUUGCCCUUUGCUGGCUGCCACUCACCAUCUUCAAUGUGGUAUCGGACUGGAACCAGGAGGCUCUGCCCAUCUGCCACCACAACCUGCUCUUUUCUCUCUGCCACUUAUUGGCCAUGUCAUCCACCUGCAUCAACCCCAUCAUCUACGGCUUCCUCAACUCCAACUUCAGGCAGGAGGUGAGAGAGGUGUUCUUGCACUGCCGCUGCCACCCACUGGAAGAAGAGUGUGAGCAGUUCCCGAUGUCCAUUGUGCACAUGGAAGUGUCACACUCCUCUGCGCCUCUGAACUGCAGGAGCAACUCAGUCGAUUGAUAGACAAAAGUGUAUGUGUGUUUAACAUCAGUAUUUUCACAUAAUUAUUCCAAAGGAGCAUCUUAAUGUAAAAAAAAAAACUAUUUCAAGAAUGUGUAAUUUAUCAUAUCCAACUGUAAAUACUAAUGUA